AUGAAGCUGACAAGCCCCCUGCUGGUUUUGGUCCUGGUGGUUCUGGGUCUGGUUCAGGCGCAGACCGGCGACGAGGAGGCGGGCGCAGAGGAAGAGCAUGUGGAGCUCUUCACCACGCCCGCCACCAAGAUGGGCGCCGCCACCUCGGACUUUGGCUACAACCUUUUCCGCGCGCUGGCGUCCCGCGAGGCGUCCACCAACAUCUUCCUGGCCCCCAUCAGCGUGUCCGCGGUUCUGACCCAACUGUCCAUGGGGGGUUCCGAGCGAGCCCAGAGGCAGCUGUUCCGGGCCUUGAGGUACCACACCCUGCAGGACCCUCAGCUCCACAACACCCUCAGAGACCUGCUGACCUCCGUCGAGGCGGCCGGCAAAGGCUUCAGCGGCGCCGCUCGCAUCUACCUGGCCCGACGCCUGCGUCUCAAGCAGGAGUUCUUGGCGCUGGUGGAGCAGCAGUACGCCGUGCGGCCCAAAGUCCUGCAGGGCGGAGCACAGGACACCAAGGCCAUGAACGACUGGGUCUCCCAGGAGACCGGCGGCAAGAUGCAGCGCUUCUUGGCGAAGGCGCUCGCGCGGACACCCGGGAUCCACGCGGCCAGCGCCGCCUACUUCAAAGGGAAGUGGGCGACGGCGUUCCGUCAGGCGCCAACCUUGGACAACUUCCAGCAGGAGGGCAAAGCGCCUGUUCGUGUUCCCAUGAUGGAACAGGACCACUACCCCGUCAAGAUGGGCAUAGACCCUGACCUGAGCUGCACGAUCGCUCAGAUCCUGAUGAACGACGACGUCAGCAUGUUCGUCUUCCUGCCCGACGAGGUCACCGCCAACCUGACGGCGCUGGAGGACGCUCUGACCGCCGAGUUCGUGCAGGACUUGGCCAUGACGCUGCAAGCCACCCACGUCGCCAUCGCGCUGCCCGUCCUCAAGUUCAGCUUCUCCACCGACCUGCUGCCGCUGAUGGCCGACUUGGGGCUCACUGAUUGGCUGGCCAACACGGACCUGGAGAAGAUAUCGCCGCAGCCCGUCAAGCUGGUCACCGUCAACCACAAGGUCGCCAUGGAGACGGCCACCGAGGGCAACCAGCCCCCGCCCGCCACCUCGACAAGCGGCCACCUGCGCUACCGCGUGGACCGCCCCUUCGUCUUCCUCAUCCGUGACGAGGCGUCGGGGGCGCUGCUCUUCAUCGGCAGGGUGCUCGACCCCAAAGCCUUGACCGCGUAACGCUCUUAGCGGGUCCUAGGAGGGAAGUGAAAAUGUUUCUGUUACAUUCCUGAAAUAAAGUCGGUAAAACAAA